AUGAUUGUCAUCGAUGUCGGGGGUAAAGUGUUCCGGAUGUCGCUUACAACCAUCUUGGAUUCCCGGCACUCUGACACCACCUUGGCAAGGGCAGUGUUAAACAACACUAACUACGACGCGAUCACCAAGCAAUAUCACUUUGAUCGUAACCCCAAAGUUUUCAAUUAUGUCCUGGACUAUUACCGCUCUGGUGAACUGCACGCUCCGCUCGGCGUUUGCGGGGAGUUUGUGCGUCAGGAACUCGUGUUUUGGGGGAUUCCGGGGAAAGCUGUUUCCCCAUGCUGUGCUCACAAAUUGGGGCAAUAUAAGCGCAGACUCCAGGAGAAAACGGCGAUCGAAAAGGAGUUUAGUCGGAGGUCUGUCGAUGACGUAUGGCCGGUUGAUGGAGAGGAAACUCGAGGAUGUUGCUGCUCCGACAGAACAAAAAGAAAGCUGUGGCUGUUCUUGAACAAACCAAGAUCCAGCAAAGCGGCCAUGGUGUUUUUUCUGGUGUUAUUUUCACUCAUAAUUUUGAGCAUCGUCGUUAUGAUGAUCAACACCUCCCAGUCUCUGCGUCAGCCCUACACUACGAGGGAACAUGUCAUGACGAGGUUACAGAACUCCAUCUCCGCGAUGAAUAUCACCAAUGAGAAGAUAAGCAUGAGGAUCACCACUACGGGACCCUUGUUUGCAUUCGCUCUUGAAUAUAUUUGUGUCGCAUUUUUCACAGUAGAGUUUAUUUUACGUCUGACCGCAGAGAGAAAGAAAUGCGCCUUUCUCUGUUCGACUUAUGCGAUUUUGGACUUGCUGGCACUUAUACCAAGUUACGUUGAUCUCGUAGUAAAAGGGAUUUUCUUCGCUGCAGCCUUGUAUGAAAAUUAUACAUAUAUAACGUUAUUUUGGAUAAUUGAAUUAUUUUUAGUAUUACGGAUUUUGAGGUUAUUUAGAUUAGCCGAGUAUUACGACGGCUUGAGGGUUUUGUUGCUUUCUUUAAAAGCCAGCUGGAAGGAACUCGUACUUUUGGAGGCAUUUUUAAUGAUAGGUAUGUCGAUAUUUGGCUCCAUUAUAUAUUACGCGGAGAUAAUGGAAGAGAAUGGAUAUUUCAGUGAUAUAAUGAUUGGCUGCUGGUGGGCCGUUAUCACCAUGACAACCGUGGGGUAUGGGGACACUCAUCCCCAAUCGUCUGCAGGUUACAUAGUUGGCACUUUGGCAGCCACUUUUGGAAUCAUUUUGAUGGGCUUGCCCAUCGCAAUCAUUGCUAAUAAUUUCAGCAAAUAUUACGAGUUUAUGGCCGAAAAAACGGAGAAGAGGAAAACCGGAAAAGAAGAAAAAACGCAAAAACAUAGAGGAAUUAUUCAGGUGAAGGAGUUUCAAGUGAAGAAUCAGUUAGAUUCUUUUAAACACUCAAAAGUGAAUCCUCAAAAAUUUUGA